AGAGAGCCUUGGAUCCUCAGCGUCCUUCACUCACAAAUUCUCAUAACCGGUCCAGCCAAAGCUUUACUGUUUAAAUAAAGACUCAACACAUUUUGGUAUUGUAUCCAUUUACUGGAGUUUGGAUCAAAUAGCUGAUUGGAAGCGACGGCUUUGAUAUUUCUUUGGGAGGAGGCUUCUCGAACUGAAGAGGGAAAACAACGUGCUUAGAAUACAGACCAACUAUUUACACCAACAGUCUGCUUUUGAGCCGGCAGCAAAUCGAUCAGUGGGAUUACCGGUUAAUCAUUUUCUAAUUCAACUUCAAGUACAUUUUUUUCUGAAAAUUGUAUGUUAUUGGGGCCCAUCAUCAAUUUUUGCCUUCUUGUCUUUGUUCCGGAGGGAAAAUUGGCUGUCCGCCAUAGGAUCUCUCCGAAGCGCGAAGAAAACCAUAAGAAAUAGUCCCCACCGACGAGACAUUCUCUGGCUUUGACAUGCUGUAGUGUUUUAUAUGAACUGGACUUAUGGCUUCACUGUAUCAGAGAUUCACGGGGAAGAUUAACACGAACAAUUCUUUCCCACACCCACCUGAGGCCAGCCACCUUUUAGGGGGACAGGUUGCGGACGAGGAGAAUGGGGGAAAGACCCCCCAGUCGGUACCAGACGGCCGACCGCACGUCCGAGACCGAAAGAAAAACGCCCGUGAGGAUGAGGACGACCUGGUGGGCAGUGCUCUUCCUCAGAGGAACUGGAAAGGGAUCGCCAUCGCCCUGCUGGUCAUCCUGGUCAUCUGCUCUCUGAUCGUCACCUCUGUGAUCCUGCUCACUCCCGGUGAAGAUGACAGCCUGGCCCUGAAGAAAAAAGUUACUGUUGAGGAUGUCUUUGGAGAAGAUUUCUAUAUCCACAACCCAGAUGCUAAAUGGCUAAGUGGUAAUGAACUUCUGUACCGCACACGUGAAGGAGACGUGGUCAAAGUCAACGUGGAGACCAUGGAGAAGGUUAUAUUAGUGCAUAACAGGAUGUUUGAAACGUACCAAGCCACCAAAUACCAGGUUUCUCCAGACUUACAGCAUGUUCUGCUGGCCUACAGAGUGACCCCAGUCUACCAGUACUCCUACAAGGCCUCCUACAUCAUCUGCAGCCUGGUUACCCCGGAGACAUGGAGUCUGAAUCCUCCGGAGGUGAGAGAUGCCUUCCUGCAGUACGCCGGAUGGGGACCCAAGGGUCAGCAACUGAUCUUCAUCUUUGAGAACAACAUUUACUACCGAGCUACAGUGGAGAGUCGCACCAUCCGCCUGGUGUCCACGGGGAAGGAGGGGCUCAUCUUCAACGGCCUGGCUGACUGGCUCUAUGAGGAAGAAAUCUUUCAGACCAACGUUGCCCAUUGGUGGUCACCAGAUGGCCUAAGACUGGCCUACACUACCAUCAACGACUCUCUGGUGCCCAAAAUGGAGGUGCCCAUGUUCACUGGAGCCGCCUACCCCACAGCACAGGAAUACCAUUACCCUAAGGCUGGAGAGGAAAACCCUGUAGUGCUGCUGUUCGUAGCCAGUCUGAAUGGCCCAGUGCACACAGUGGAGAUGAAGAAACCAGACGACCCCCGCAUAGGGAGGGAAUAUUACAUUACCAUGGUGAAGUGGGCCACCAGCACCAAGCUGGCAGUCAACUGGCUGAACAGAGGUCAGAACAAUUCCAUUCUCACUCUGUGUGAAGCUACCACGGGAGUCUGCAUUAAGAAACACGAGGAUGAGAGUCAGAGUUGGCUUCACAGACAGAACGAACCGCCACUCUUCUCUGAGGAUGGGCUCAAGUUCUUCUUCACCAGAGCAAUCCCUCAGGGUGGGAGGGGAAAGUUCUUCCACAUCUCAAUGUCCACCUCCAAGCCUAACAUCAGCACAGACACGUUGCAGUCGCUCACCUCCGGGGACUGGGACGUCACUCGCAUCUUGGCAUACAGCAUAGACAGGCAGCUAGUAUACUUCCUGAGCACAGAAGAUGACCCCAAACGGCGUCAUCUAUACAGUGCCGACACCAUCGGCCCCUUCAAUCGCCGCUGUGUGUCUUGUGAGUUCAAGUGUGGCUUUGUGGAUGGAGCAUUCAGCCAUGACAUGAGAUACUUCCUCCUCAACUGUAAAGGCCCGGACAUACCAAGUGUGGCCGUUUACAGCACAGAUGACAGAGAGAAAUUGAUUGACUUGGAGAAUAAUGACAUUGUUAAUAACACCUAUUACAACAUGCAGAUGCCCAAAGUGGAGUAUAAGGAAAUUGUCAUCGAUGACUACACUCUUUCAAUGCAGAUUCUGAAGCCUGCUGGGUUCACAGAAACAGCCCACUAUCCUUUACUGCUACUAGUGGACGGUAAACCUGGGGGACAGAUGGUGACAGAGCAGUUUGGUGUGGACUGGGCCACGGUUCUGGUAAGCAGCUACAGCACAGUGGUGGUCCGCUUCGACGGCCAUGGCAGUGGCUUCCAGGGGACCAACCUGCUGCAUAGGGUCCGCAGGAAGCUAGGGGUGCUGGAGGAGAGAGACCAAAUGGAGGCACUUAGACUGAUUUCUAAAGAAACGUACAUUGACAAUAGUCGCAUAGGUGUUUUUGGACAGGUGUACGGAGGAUACUUAGCCACGUUGCUCUUAAGUUCAGAGGACUCGCUGCUGAAAUGCGGAGUAGCUGUUUCACCCAUAACAGAUUUUGAAUUAUACGCCUCUGCAUUCUCAGAAAGAUAUCUUGGAUCUCCGAAAACAGAUGCUCGAGUAUACUCGAUGGCUAGUUUGACCCACCGUGCUGGUCAGCUUAUGGACAGACAGUACAUGAUUGUCCAUUCAACAGCUGAUGAAAAAGUUCAUUUCCAGCACACAGCGAAGUUCAUCAAUCAUUUAAUCACCAAGAAGGCCAAUUAUUCUCUACAGAUCUACCCAGAUGAGGGACACUUCCUGCACAGCGACGGGGCGCAGCAGCACCUCAGCCAAUCGCUGGUCAACUUUUUUGAGGAGUGUUUCCGACUGCCCGAGCUGCCAAUCGAGGAGAGGCAGGUAGAGGAUGAAGAUGAUGGUUAAGCCAGCUGAGACCGUGGCGACAUCACUCUGCCCAGCAACUACAGACAGCACAAUAUGCAACAGAUCACGCACACACCUGACUUGCUGUAUAUGAUUUAAGCUGCUCUUAACAGCACAGUACCUGCAUGCACCAAGAACCAGCUGCCAUCUUCCCCUCUCUUCUUCCUUAUCGUCAAGAAGCCUGGACUGAAAUGUCUCUUUGCCAUAUUGUUCACUAUAAACAGGCAGCAGAGGUAAACCAAAAGUUUAAUCUCCUUUUCUGAACCAUUGGUUGAAGCAGCAGCAAUGUCCACUACUCCACCCUAAUGGAAAUGUGGCAGAGAACCAUGACAUCCACUGGACUCCCAUAACCUCAGCUCAGAUUCACAUCCUUAGGCUUCACAGCCCCCCUAUGGACAUCCAAGCUCAUACGUUAAACAUGGGGCAGAUGAAGGACACCGUGAGAGAAGCUAGUUUGUGGGAUCAUAACUGUAGACUUCCACGUAACCCUUUGGUACCUUCACAUGAAAUGUGCCAGCCCCUGCUUCUGAUGUUCAGCAGCACGCAGAACAUACGUUUCCCCUGAUCCCUAAUGUUUAUUCUUGUUUGUUCGGUAUGUCUAACAGUUUAGUAGCAUUGUGGUUUGAAUUGAAAACCAUUAUGAAAUUGUCAUUGAUUUAAAUUUAUUGUUGAAAUAACAUUCAGUGGGUGGUCCAUUCUUACCUGACCUUGCAUUAAGUUGUAUAAUGUAAUUUUUGUCACUGUGCCUUACUUGGGGUAAAUAUGUAUAUGUCAGGGACUCAUUUUGGGGAAACAUAUUGACCAUAACAUUUUUAAUAAUUGCUAUUUCUCUAGUAUGAAAAGGUAAAUUGAAGUUAUUUCUCUCCAUAAAGCUGACAGAUCAUAAACAAACCCAUUCUAAAACAUGUAAGCUAUAAUAAUGUGAUUCUGAUGAACUAACAUGCCAAUCCAUACAUUCCUGUAAUUCUCCUUUCCUGUACAGUACCAGUCAAAAGUUUGGACACAGUUUCCCAUGUGUCCAAACUUUUGACUGGUACUGUACACACACAC